CCCUUCCGCCGCGCCCGGCCCCUUCCGCCGCUUCCCCGCCAUGGUGGGCAAGGCCCGGCGCCCGCGGCUGCACCGCGCCGCGCCCCGCGCCGCCCGCGACCCGCCGCCUCUGCCCGGCCCCGAGCCCGGGCCCGCCGGCGGAUGGAGCGCGGCGGCCGGGAAGGACUGGGACUUCUCAUCUUCUGGUAUAUUUUCUGGGCUGAAAAUUGACCCUGAUACCCUAGUAAAGAAGCUUGACUUGGACUCCAGAAGCAUCAUUUCCUCCAGAACAGGCUUGGAAGAAAAAACAGUUCUGUCCAAAAAAGAGAAGAUGAAGCUGAGGAAGGAAAGAUGGUUGCAGAAAAUAGAAAGUGUAAAGAUGGCCAAGCAAAAGCAGAAAGCUGAAGCGAAGCGGAAAGCAACACCUGUGGUGGGAGACAUGCAGCCCUUGAUGGAAGCCCUGCCUGAGCUCUCUUUCCUGACCACAGGUAGCAGGGGAAGGAAGCCUCUCAAAAGCCCCAUAAAAGCAAAGGCAGAACCAGCAGACUUCUGUCUGAUGAAACAAGCUCAGAAACACCAGCUCCUAGACCAGGAAGUGGCUCGGUUUCACGAGGUUAUCAGCGAUCCCCAGUACAGAGCCAACCCCCUCCUGGCCAUCAGCGAGCACCUCUCCAAGAGGCUGAGGCAGGGGGGAGAAGGGGAACCCCUCUAGAGCUCCAGCUGGGCCCAGACAUGCACGGGCUGUGAAGGGAGCACAUCCCUGGCACAACGUCCCAGCCUUUCUGGUGCUUGGAAGCAGUUCAGCAGAUGAUGAAAACCACCAGCCCUGCUUUCUGUCUGCAGGAAUAAUGCAGCUCUCUCCUGACAGGGGCAGCUGCUCUUUGACAGGCAGUCUGCACAGAGGAGGGUGUUCUGUGGGAUUCUUGUGCAGGCAUUAAUUCCUGCAAAGUGUCUUCAUACUUCUGCUCUUCUUGUGAGCGGGUAUGAUUUCUGAAAUUGUGUCAAAUGGCCAUGCAUCUGUUUUCUUCCUGACAACUCUGAGAAGAGGUUCUUGCUUGCUCUGUUGGGAUGGCUCAGGUCCUCAAGCCCUGGAGCCCAGGAGGCUUUUGGAGUUUGUCACGACCAGUGCUGCUGUACAUAGAAACUGUUUUCUGUGAGAAAUUUAGCUUUGGAAUAAAGAUACUUUCAUACAGCA